GUAGUGAGCAAAUGCAAAUGAAGACAUAUACAAUAGAUUCUAUAAAUAUAUGGUUUCACCCUCUCAUUAUAUUUGAGCUCUCCCUCACAUGUUCUCCUUCACUAGUUGCAAACGCUAACACAUCUCCAACAAUGGCUUCCUUUGGGAGAUCUCUUGGAGGUCUUUCUUGGAUUUGUGAUGGUGAACUUGAUUUGAGUUCUUCUUGCAUUCAUAGAACAAUCAUUGAUGCACUGAACCUUCUAUUCCUCAUUGCAUUCUUUGUAUUUUUUCUUGUAUGUUAUAUAAGAAAGCAAAACAUUAGUAGGUUCAGUAGAAGGAAUUGGGUCACUAUAGUUGUUUCUAUCUGCACUGCUUUAGUUAGCAUUUCAUAUCUUAGUGCUGGUUUAUGGGAUCUGACAACCCAAAAUAGUGAGUUUAGUCACUGGGUGGAGCACUUUGUUAGGGGACUAGUUUGGAUCUCUUUGACUUUUUCCUUGCUUGAACAAGGAUCCAAAUGGGUGAAAAUUCUGGUUUCUGUUUGGUGGGUGUCGUUCUUUCUAUUAAGUUCGGCUCUAAAUAUCGAGAUUUUACUAAGAAAACUCGACUAUGAAAUCUUGGACAUGGUAACGUGGCCUGUGAACUUGUUGCUUCUCUUCUGUGCUUUGAGGAAUUUCAGUAACUCCUCUAGUCAACAUGCCUCUGACAAGAGUUUAUCAGAACAUCUAUUAGUGGCGCCUGAGAAAAACCAUAGUAAAAUAGGCCAUGCUAGUUUUCUUAGCAAAUUGACAUUUUCUUGGAUCAAUGGUUUGCUUCGAUUGGGCUACUCGAAGAUUUUAGCUCUUGAAGACAUUCCUUGUCUGGUCCAUGAAGAUGAAUCGAUUUUAGCCUAUGAAAAGUUUUCUCAAGCAUGGGACUUACUUCGAAGAGAGAGGAGCUCAAACAAUACUAGGAACCUAGUUCUUUGGGCAUUAGUAAACGUUUAUAUGAAAGGAAUCUUGCUAGCAGGAAUUUGUGCAUUUCUUAGGGCAUGUUCUGUGGUAGUAGCUCCCUUGCUACUCUAUGCUUUUGUAAAUUAUUCGAAUAGUGACACAGAAAGUAUACACGAAGGUCUCUUCUUAGUGGGAUGCUUAGUAGUUGUCAAGGUUGUUGAGUCUUUGUCUCAAAGGCAUUUCUUUUUCAUCUCAAGGAGGAUUGGGAUGAGGAUGAGAUCAGCUUUAAUGGUGGCAGUUUAUAAAAAACAGCUUAAUCUGUCGAGUUUAGGAAGGAGAAGGCAUUCAACCGGGGAGGUUGUGAAUUACAUUGUAGUUGAUGCUUAUCGAAUGGGGGAAUUUCCUAUGUGGUUUCAUGUGGGAUGGUCAUUUUCCGUGCAACUUUUUCUAGCGAUAGGUGUCCUCUUUGGGAUUGUAGGUAUUGGCGCUCUUCCCGGUUUAGUCCCUCUCCUCAUUUGUGGGCUUCUUAAUGUGCCAUUUGCAAAGUUGCUUCAAAAGUGUCAGACUGAAUUUAUGAUAGCUCAAGACAAGCGACUUAGGUCCACUUCAGAGAUCCUAAAUAAUAUGAAAAUCAUCAAGUUACAGUCAUGGGAGGACAAGUUCAAGGGGUUGAUUGAAUCCUACCGUGAAAACGAGUUUAAGUGGUUGUCAGAAUCUCAGUAUAAGAAGGCUUAUGGCACUGCCUUGUAUUGGAUGUCUCCAACAAUUAUUUCUUCAGUCGUCUUCUUUGGAUGUGCUCUUUCCAAGAGUGCCCCUUUAGAUGCUGGGACUAUUUUCACAGUUUUGGCAACGUUGCGAAGUAUGUCAGAACCUGUUAGAAUGAUACCUGAGGCUCUUUCUGCAAUAAUCCAAGUCAAGGUCUCUUUUGAUAGGAUUGAGUCAUUUUUGCUUGAUGAUGAACUCAAAAAUGAGAAAUUAGUGACAUUUCCAUCGCAGGAUUCAAAUAAGUGUAUUAUCAUACAAGAUGGCAAUUUCAAUUGGGAUCCGGAAUCACCGAUCCUAACACUUAGAAAUGUUAACUUGGAAGUAAGACGGGGUCAGAAAAUUGCAGUUUGUGGACCAGUUGGUGCUGGGAAAUCAUCACUUUUAUAUGCCAUACUCGGAGAAAUACCACGAAGUUCAGGAAAUGUGAGUGUAUUUGGAUCCAUUGCUUAUGUUUCUCAAGCUUCUUGGAUUCAAAGUGGGACAAUUCGUGAUAACAUACUCUAUGGAAAGUCAAUGGAGAAAACCAAAUAUGAAAAAGUUGUCAAAGCAUGUGCUUUAGAUAAGGACAUAAGUAAUUUUGAACAUGGUGAUCUCACAGAGAUAGGUCAAAGAGGGCUUAACAUGAGUGGAGGACAAAAACAAAGGAUUCAACUUGCACGAGCUGUCUACAACGAUGCUGAUAUUUAUCUCCUCGAUGACCCUUUUAGUGCAGUCGAUGCACAUACAUCAGCAACUCUAUUUAAUGACUGUGUUAUGACUGCCCUAGAGAAGAAGACUGUCAUUUUAGUGACUCAUCAAGUGGAAUUUCUCUCCCAAGUUAACAAAAUUCUGGUUAUAGAAGGUGGAGAAGUUACUCAAUCAGGAAGCUAUAAGGAACUGUUGAUGAUGGGUACAACAUUUGAACAGCUUGUGAAUGCUCACAAAAGUUCAAUUCCAGUCUUGGAUCCUACAAUUAAUCAAAAUAAAAGUGAAAUUCAGUCACAAUACAUGGAUAGAAUGGAAGAGACUAGAGGGUCCUACCUUACUAAAGAAAAUAGUGAGGGGGAUAUUUCUGUCAAAGGUCUGCCAGGAAUACAACUGACAGAAGAAGAAGAGAAGGAAAUUGGCAAUGUUGGAUGGAAGCCAUUUUUGGAUUACAUCCUCGUCUCAAAGGGAUCGUUGAUGCUUUCUUCAGUAAUAAUUACUCAGAUUGGUUUUGUUGCUCUUCAAGCUGUUUCAAGUUAUUGGCUAGCUUUCGGCAUUCAAAUUCCUAAAAUUAGUAGUGGCAUCUUAAUUGGAGUAUACACUAUAAUUUCGACACUAAGUACCUUCUUUGUAUAUCUAAGGUCUUUAUCCGCUGCUCUUCUAGGAUUAAAAGCUUCCAAGGCUUUCUUUUCAGAUUUCACUAAUUCUAUUUUCAAUGCUCCUAUGCUCUUCUUUGAUUCCACCCCAGUUGGACGAAUUUUGACCCGAGCUUCAUCAGAUUUAUGUGUGGUGGAUUUCGACAUACCUUUCUCAUUUGCCUUUGUGGUUGCUCCUUUAAUUGAAUCGGUAGCAAUCAUUGGCAUUAUGGCAUCAGUCACGUGGCAAGUUCUCUUUGUAGCAUUCUUUGCUACAGUGGCUUCAAAAUAUGUUCAGGGAUACUAUCAAGCCUCUGCAAGGGAACUAAUAAGAAUCAAUGGAACAACAAAAGCACCUGUCAUGAAUUAUGCAGCCGAGACCUCACUUGGAGUGGUAACUAUAAGAGCAUUUAACAUGGCAAACAGGUUCUUCCAAAACUACCUAAAGCUUGUAGACAAUGAUGCAAAACUUUUCUUUUCCUCCAAUGCAACAAUGGAGUGGUUAAUUUUGAGAGUAGAAGCACUUCAAAAUCUGACUUUAUUCACUGCUGUUUUUCUCUUGGUUUUACUUCCCAAGGGCUAUGUUGAUCCAGGGCUUGUUGGACUUUCUCUUUCUUAUACUUUGGCUUUGACAAGCACCCAAGUGUUCAUGAUUCGAUGGUAUAGCAGCUUGGCUAAUUAUAUUAUUUCAGUGGAACGAAUCAAACAGUUCAUGCACAUACCUCCAGAGCCUCCAGCAAUAGUGGAAGAUAGAAGGCCACCAUCUUCAUGGCCUUCUAAAGGGAGGAUAGACUUACAGGAUCUAAGGAUAAGAUACCGGCCAAAUGCUCCACUAGUUCUCAAGGGGAUCACUUGCACCUUCAGAGAAGGGACAAGAGUUGGGGUUGUUGGAAGGACCGGAAGUGGCAAAACUACCCUCAUUAGUGCUUUGUUUCGGUUGGUAGACCCUGAUAGUGGGAAAAUUGUUGUAGAUGGGCUGGACAUUUGCUCCAUUGGACUUAAAGAUCUAAGGAUGAAACUCAGCAUUAUCCCUCAGGAACCAACUCUUUUCAGGGGUAGUGUUCGAACAAACUUGGAUCCUUUAGGCCUUUAUUCUGAUGAAGACAUAUGGAAGGCUCUAGAAAAGUGUCAACUUAAGACUACCAUUAACAGUCUUCCAAGUUUGCUAGAUUCUUCUGUGAGUGAUGAAGGUGAAAAUUGGAGCGUGGGGCAACGCCAACUCUUCUGUCUCGGAAGAGUCCUGCUAAGAAGAAACAAAAUUCUAGUUUUGGAUGAAGCAACGGCUUCAAUUGAUUCUACCACUGAUGCCAUUCUACAAAGGAUAAUUAGGGAAGAAUUCUCAAAUUGCACAGUGAUAACUGUAGCUCAUAGAGUUCCAACUGUCAUAGACAGUGACAUGGUCAUGGUCCUUUCUUUUGGGAAGCUAGUGGAGUAUGAUGAGCCUUCAAAGCUUAUGGAGAUCAAUUCCUCUUUCUCUAAGCUUGUAGCCGAAUACUGGUCCAGUUGCAGUGGAAACUCUUUCUAGAUUUAAGUUAAGGAUCAUUAUUUAUCAUUCUUGGAAGUGUCAAAUGCAACUAUCACAACGGAUUUGGUGUAUAGUCAUUACCAAUGAGGUAUUACUAGAACAUGCUAGGACAAGAAAGAAAAAUGUUUGUUGGAGUGGAAAGAAUUAAUGAUUGGUUUGGAAACAUUAAUGUGCUUUGUAUUAAUUCUUAGAAACAAUAAUGAAGAAAAAAAAAUAAGAAUGGUCACAUUUAGCGAUUUUCGUAGCUUUUAGCACAAAGCAUAAAUUGAGACAAGGUUCAGCUCCUCUUCUAA